AUGUGGAUUCUUCCCUUAAUCGGAUACGCGGGCGCCAUCGUCGGCUUUGGCUUCCUAACGCUGGCCAUCGCCUCGGGACUGUACUACCUCUCGGAGCUCGUCGAGGAGCACACCGUCAUCGCCAAGCGCCUGCUCACGCGAACGAUCUACACUAUUGUCGGCGUCCAGGUCGUGCUGUGGCUUAUUGACGGCUUCCCCUUUUGGGCCACGCUUCUUGGCGUUGUCUCUCAUGUCGUCUAUCUAGGCAAUAUGCGCCGCUUCCCAUUUGUGAAGCUGUCAGAUCCCCUGUUCAUUCUGUCCUGCGUCCUCGUCCUUGUCGACCACUACGUUUGGUUCCGCCACUUCUCCGACACCCAAGCCGCCUCUUACCAGCGCGCCUCGUACUACGACGAUGUCGAGGUGCCCAGCUUCACCAUGAUCGCCUCGUACUUUGGCCUCUGCGUCUGGCUCGUCCCCUUUGCGCUCUUCGUCAGCCUGUCGGCCGGCGACAACGUCCUGCCGACCAUGGGCACCGAGCCCGCGCACGACGGCCACAAGGCGAACAAGCCCCAGGGCAUGAUCAAGGCUGUGGUGGACUGGGUGCGCGAUACGAUUGGCGAGCUGGCGGGCGCGCGCAAGGAGAGCCGGUUCUAG